UUUCUUUCUUUCUGAAAUGAUGAUUAUCCAGAGUCGAUUCUCCAUCUCUGGCUCCCUCUCCAAAAACCCCAAACCUCGCCCCGAAAAUGUUGCCGGAAGCAAUCGGAUUCCAGUCCUCCUCAAGUGGCGCAGCUUUUUUCAACCCAGUCAUACCUCUCCAAUGUCAAUCUCCCCUUCCCUGUUUCUUCCCUUCUUCUCCACCCUUCCACCAUCACCGCUGCCAGCUGAAACAACGCAAGAAAAGUCAGCAGCCGCUGCUGGUGGCUCAGUGCGCUGGGAAAGAGGAGGCAGAGAGGUAUUUGGAGCAGGAAUUAGGGAUACCAAGCACUAAAACCAGGACAAAAGAAGAGUGGAAUGACAAGCCCGAUAACUCUGGUUACGAAGCUCUCCUGAGGGGCGGUGAGCAGGUCACUUCCGUCCUCGAGGAGAUGAUCACCCUUCUGGAAGACAUGAACAUGGAUGAAGCGUCUGAGAAAGUGGCGGUUGAAAUAGCAGCACAGGGGGUGAUAGGGAAAAGAGUUGAUGAGAUGGAAUCUGGGUUUAUGAUGGCCCUUGAUUAUAUGAUUGACAUUGCUGGUAAAGACCAAGACGAUAAGCGAAAGGAACUGCUGGAAGUUAUCAAGGAAACAGUAUUGGCACAUUUGACCAAGAAAUGCCCUCCUCAUGUUCAAGUAAUUGGUUUGCUUUGUAGAACCCCGGGAAAGGACAGCAGGCAUGAGCUGCUACGUAGAGUGGCUGCUGGUGGGGGUGCCUUUGGAGGAAAAGGUGGCACUAAAGUUCAUAUCCCCGGAGCAAAUUUAAAUGAUAUAGCUAACCAAGCGGAUGAUUUGCUUGAGACAAUGGAAACUCGACCAGUAAUACCUGAUCGCAAACUACUUGUAAGGCUAGUGUUGAUCAGAGAGGAAGCCAGGGACAUGAUGGGAGGUGGAAUACUGGAUGAAAGAAAUGACCGUGGUUUUACCACCCUUCCUGAAUCAGAAGUGAACUUCUUAACCAAAAUCGUCGCCCUAAAACCUGGGAAAACUCUCCGAGAAAUGAUAAAGAAUGUGAUGGAAGGCAAGGAUGAAGGUGCUGAUGACACCACUGGGGAUCGAGACAGCAGCGAUCAAAGGAAUCUAAAGGGAAUUGCUGGAAGGGGAAGUGUCACUGGCCGAAAGCCACUUCCAGUUCGCCCUGGUAUCUUUCUCGAGACCGUAACCAAGGUACUUGGUGGUCUAUACUCCGGGAAUGUCUCUGGUAUUACAGCCCAACAUCUAGAAUGGGUUCACCAAAAGACACUCGAGGUCCUUCAAGAGAUAGCAUUCUAAUCCCUCAUGCAGAUCGACUUGCCGAGCCAAGUAAAGUAAAACUCCGUCUCUAAGUUAUACCAGCAAACAUGCAGAGGUACAAGGGGACACUGGCAGACAUAUCCACAGAGUGAGGACCAUAACCUCUACAGGAAGUCUUUAACCUUUUGAUCCUGAUGAGAAAACAAACUAUAUAAGGUAAAUUAACUUCCCUCCGUAACCUUGUCAUUUCCUGAAGAGAUGAAUGAUGCAUGAAGAAGAGAAGUUUGUAGGAGCAUCAUAUUAAGCUAGCAAUAGGUGUCUAGAAAAUGACUGUGUGGCAAUUCAAUGAUACAAUCAUGGCGCGUGUAAUCAGAUCCUAAUGAUGAAACCAAAUCAAACCCUCGUGAUUAAAGAGAAUUUUAAACAUAGAUGGUAGCAGUACUACUCCUCCCUAAUAUUCUUGAUUGCAGGGUGGCAAUGAUGAAGCUGAGGAUUCCAUGUGUUAAACUAAUGCUCCUGAUGACUGUGAUCGCAAUCACAACACGAAGUGAAGAGAAGGAUAUGGAGAGCGAGAACAUUGAUAUGGAUGUCGUGAAGAGUAGAAGCAAACACAGCAAGGAUGGGGCUCACUGAUUGGCACUCGCAAAUAUAUAAUGCUAUUAUAGUUGUUUCUUUUGAGUUUUGCCUUUUUUUUUUUUUUUUUUUUUUUUUUGCUUUUGAUGAGGAUAAAAUUGCCUUUCUUUUUUCUUUGUUUUCGACCGAUUUGUCCCUGAUGGUUCAGUGUCAACUUCACUGGCCGACCCGACCUACCUUGUCUCAAAACCCACCUGCUGUCAUUUGCUUUCCAACCCUCUGUCUGUUGUCUCGUCGGUGAUCUCAUUUCCUUCGUCACUAUCGAAGAUGAAGUUGUCACUUCCAAACUUUCAUUUUUCACUUAGGUUCAUGGCUAAUUCUCUACUUCGACUAAUUAAUGGUUGACACACCGGAGAAGCCAUGUCCCUCUAUCGAGGUCUAUUAAGUCAACACCGCGUCUUCUGUUGCUGAAUUGUAAGGGUAUUUCGAACUUUCUGAUGACUUUCUUAGCCACCUAACCGCUUCCUCUUAUCUCUUCCUUUCCUACAUCCUCUUACUUCACCGAAGAGUAACCACCAGAAGAUGGAGUCUUUAACUACCUCUAUGAACUGUCCACUCCUGCAGCUCGCCUUUUUAGAGCAACUGCUUGGCCGGCUUCUCGUUCUUCCGUCUUAUCCUUUCCUCAUUCUUUUUCCUGAUGUGUUAAACUGCGUAAACCCGCGCAAAACUAUAGAAACAAAAAUAAUUGGAUAAAAUCAUCUGCGACUCCGAACUCAUUAACGUUAGAUUAAUUGGAUGGAGAAUUGAUAUCUGUGUAUUUUUAGUUACACUCACUCUUCUUCUCUUCCAUAUAAAGGAAAAUAAGAAUG